AUGGAAGAGCCCCAGCAAGGGGAACAGGCCAUCGUCUUCCACCUGGAGGUGCCCAGCGCCACGUUGCCCAAAGCGGAGGUGGCCCUGGUGCAGAUCUCAGGCCUCGGCUUGGAGGAGGACUACUCCUCGGAGCUGCAAGUAGAGGAGUCCGUGGAGCCGGGGCCUUUCCUCUUCCAGAGCCAAGAGGCCCUGGCGGAAGCCAAGCGCCUCAAGGCGGAGGCCGAAGCAGCACAAGGUAAGAAGAAGAAGGAUGACAAGGAGGAUUCCAGGCCUGCCUCCAUCGAUCCGCCAGCAGCAGUGUGCCGCAUCGCGCGGCCCUGCAAAAGCCCUGCUGAGAGGCAGCGCCUGCUGGACCAAUUGUGCGGGCCCUUGCGCCUAAAGCUGCUGCGUAACGCGGACAUGGUGCUGGGGGAGGCGUCGCUGGACCUCACAUCGCUGAUCCACGACACCGCCAGCCUCGAGGUGUCGUUGGAGCUGCGGUGGUCGGAGGCCCUGCUGGCUGAGCUGCAGGCAGACUUCGAGGCGCGGCUGGCAGCGGAGAAGGCGGAGAAGGCGGAGGCGGAGGACGCGGACCCAGAGGUCGUGGAGGAGGAGGCUCCCAGCUUCACGCCCCCCGCGCCGGGCCACGUUCUGCUGAAGAUCUCCACCGCGGCGCCGCUGGGCCGGAUUUUGUGCCCGGAGGACCUCCAUGACUGGGCGGUGCUCUCGGUGAGCAUUGAUGGCAUGUACCGCCUGCCGCAGAAGCUGCUGGAGGCUGGCGGGCCACUGCCGGAACCUGGCACUGCCGAGGGCCCGCUGGAGACCCACCCCUUCCGCUACUCUGCCCGAGUCCUGGGCUCCGAUUUCAACCUGGGGCAGCUAGUGCUUCCGCACGUGGACGUGCCAGAGCCCACGGAGGAAGAAGGUUCCCCGCCGGAGCCAGACAGCCCCACCUCGCCGGAGCCGGACAUCUCCUUCGACAUCGGCACAGAGGAAUUCACAGAGAGCCUCAUGCGCGCAGGCUUCCCGGCGGCCAAGGUGGACGGCCCUGCGGCGUUCAACUUCCUUUGUCGGCCCCGCACGGGCCUGGGUGGCCGCAUCGGCCUCCAGGACUUUCUGCGCCUCUUAGAGAUCUCGGUGCCAGCGUCAACUGAAAGGCUGCUUGAGCUUUACGACAAGCUCGUCGAGAAGCAUGAGAGCAUCGAGACUGCCUUCAACGCCCUGGAUGCGAACCUAGAGGGCGCCUUGACCCAGGAAGCCUUCUCUGCGGGCCUGGAGGAGUUGGGCCUGGAAGAUGUGGAGCCCCUCUUCGUGGCCUUGGACUCCAGCCGCCAAGGCUACAUCACCCGCGAGGAUUUCCGAAUCCUCAGCAUGACAAAGCGCAUGAAGGAUUUGGAGCUGGCCUCCACAGCGGUGCGUUGGCUGGUGACAGCUGCAGGCUCAUUGCCAGCACUGCUGGAGCAGGUGGACGAGCAGAAGCAGGGCAGCGUCACUCUGCAGGACUUCCUCUCCGCGGCCACGCGGCUGGGCUUUCCAGAGGCGAGCGCCCCAGGCCUGGAAGUCGCCUUCGGCUUUGCGCAGCUGGCGGAGCUGGCGGAGGAAGCCGAGCGCCUCAGCCACAGAGCCUUUCUGUCGCUGAAGGCCCUGGAGGCGGACGUGCCCAGCGCCCUCGUGAAGCUCGAGGAGCUGCUCUUCCAUGACUCAGCGGACCCGGCCUUGCAGACUUUGAGCCGCGCGGAGAGCAUCAGCUUCCUGGAAUUCCAAACAGGCCUCCAGGGAGCACCUCUUGAGCCGCAGGCGCUUUUCUUCGUCUUGGACUCGGGUGCUGGAACCCUGGGGGCGCCUGCCUUUGCCUCGGUGCAGGCAGUGAAUGCGGCGGCUCAGUUGCGACGAUUAGCCAACUGCCGGCGCUUUGUGGAGAACGGUUUCGGUGCCAUUGACGCCAAUGCCUUCCGGGCCCUUUUCGAGCAGGGCGACGAGUUCGAGGCUGAGGAGACCCUGCCAAGGGUUUCAUGGCCGAAAGCAGAGGUCAGAUCCUACAGGGGCCGGCAGUGGCUGCAACGAUUGCUGAAUACACUGCAGGAUGACAGAGGGCGGAACCUCAUGGAAAGGAAUCCAGGCAGCCAAUCUGGCGGAGCUUGGCUUUAUUUGUUCCCAGUCUUGGAGGGCCAAAGCACCGCCAGCGACUUCAAGGAGUUGCCAGAUGCGCAGGUGGGCAUGGCCAAGCUGGCGCGGUGGCACCACGCCCGUGCCUUUUUGGAUCUCCGGCGGCUGGUGGCGCCCGGCGCUGAAGUGGAAUUCAGGGCGUACCUGACCCAAGUGGAAGCGCAGCCGCAGGGAGACUUCGAGGCAGAUUGGACGCCGUACAGAGCCUGCGAGACCUAUAUCAAGGGCAUCAUCCGCUUGGACCGACCUCUACAGCGCUUGUGCCCCAGGGACGUCCGCCUUCCCAUGCAGCCGUCGGGGGAGCCCUACAUCCCCCCACCGCCGGCUAAGCGGCCCCCACCCACAGUGAACGAAGAGCUCGAGAAGGAAGCGGCGAAGAUCAUCGGUCGCCUCUCUUUCGACUUCGCCAGGUGGUGCCACGACUCAGGCUUCACCGAGGACAAGGACGCGGGCCCGCCAGCUCUGGGCAAGAAAGGCGUGAAGCGCCACGCCUUCCUGCAAUGGCUCCAGGAGAGCGACGUGCUGAAGGACCUGGGGGAUUUGCUGCGCCCGGCCGUGGUGCGCCUCGUCCGCGCGGAGAAGAGCGGCCCCGCCUGCGGCCUCAGCGGCAACGAGAACGACGCCAAGUACUCCUACCUCAGGGACUACAUCUCGAAGCACCUCUUCCGAGCCUUGAACUCAGAGGUGGAGCAGCACCGACAGCUGCGGGACGAGCGGCUCUGGCGCCUCAACGCGCAGGAUGCUGAGGAGACUUGGCAAGCACAAGAUGCAACCCUCAAGCGACUUACGAUCGAAUAUGAGCUCCUGGGCAACUGGCGGCGCGCCCGCGAGGUCUACGAGGAAUGGCUGUUCCUGGAGCCCAACGUGGAAAACGGCCAGGCCUGGUUCGGCUUUGCGCGCUUCUUGAUGCGAUGUGAGCAGAGCCAGCUCGAUGCAGAAAGAGUCCUGCGCUAUGCCAUUUCAUUGAGGACAGAAGAAGCUGGACCUGACUUUCAAGAGGUUGCCUUUUUGGCUGGCAUCCUGAUCAACCAUCGGCUGCCCUCCUCCAUGGAUGAAGGGCCCAGGUCCGCACGCUUCGAGGCGGCCCUGGCUAUGAUGGAGUCAUACGCGGAUAGGCAUGCCUUGGAGCGCUUGCCUUUGUACAUGAUCUUCUUGAUCUUCGCAGUGGAGGCACGGGUCCUGCGGCAGGCAGCCGAAAAUCCUUCGGAGGCUCAAGCCAAGGAAGCUGGGCUCGCAGAGCAAGGCGAUCGACUGGCCGCGGAGGCUGCAAAAUACCUGGAGCUUGCCAGAGCAGCGCCAGAGUCGUGGCUAGGCACUCUGGAUGCUGGAGGGGAGCCCGUCUUCCCGGAGUUGGAGGCCUUGGUGACCCAGGAGAAGGUGAAUCGUGGCCAGGCCUUGGAGGCACCAAAGGAGAGCCCCGCCAUGCCAGCGGCCUGGCUUCCCACGGCAGCUCCGCCCUUCCCGGACCCUGCCUCUUUGCACGCCGCGCCCGAAGCCGAAGACGCGGCCGCUUUGGAAGCGGUGGAUUUUUUGCUUCACUUCGGUCUCGCGGACUUGGCGAGCUUCCUGCUGACGCAUGCCGUGGAGGCCUAUGGCUUCUUGUCGCCUGCGACAGCAAUGUCAGAGCGCUGUCGCCUGCAGCUGGUCAAAGCAGCCAUGCUGUCGAAGGACUGGGAACAAGCCGAGUCUUUGCUGAGUGACCUCUUCAGCCGCCGAGGCGGCGACCGCCUGCCAGAGGCACACUCCCUGCUGGGCGAGUGUCGCUUCCAGGCGGCCUGCGCCGGCGCAGGUGCGAGCUACAGCUCCGCGCUUGCAGCUUUUGAGACGGCGCUUGCCUUUAUGGAGGACACAGGGGCCUCCCCGAAAGAGGACCCAGUGCUUCACCUUCGAGUCGGACGGAUAUUGCACCUUCAAGCUGAGGACGGUGACUUCAAGGAUGCUGCAAUUGCCGAGCGCGCAGUGAAGCACUACAAGAAGUCAGUCAUGGUGUCUCCAACCGCGGAGGCAUGGAAGAAUAUUGGCCUAUGUCGCUACCGCCUGGUGAAGCAUGCACAGUCAAACAAGGAGCAGAAGCUGCAAGAGGCCAUGAAGUACCUGCAAGAGGCCAACUUGUUGGACCGAGAGCGCCCGGAGAUCUUAGCCUGGCUCGGCAUUUGCGCGGUGGAGCUGGGCUUGGUGCAGAUCGCCAAACAAGCUUUUAGGCAGCUGAUGCGGUUUGAGGAGCGCCUGGAGGUCCCGGUAGCCUUGGAGUUGGCCAACGUCUUCCUCCGCUUCAGCAACGAGCAGCAGGCCAGCUACGCUGAGCGAGGUCGCUUGGUCCAGGACGGCCGGUACUGUGCUGAGGCUGCAGCCAUGGCCAAGGCCGUCAUGGACCGCGGACAGUGCGGCCGCGCCCAGCAGAUCUUGGCCUGGUGCAAGGCCUUGCAGGGAGACCACGGGGCCGCUGCGGGGGACUUCUGCGCCGCGCUGCCGAACCUUCAGGACCCUGCCGCCUUGGAAGAGGCCGCGAACAUGGCCCGUCACUGUGCAUCUAUGGUGCCUGGGGAACCCCAUUUGGUGGCCCUGGUGGAGGAGGCCAUCGCCAUGGCCGUCGAACCAAAAGAGCCCGAGCCGACGGAAAGCUGCGAUGGCCUUGACAACGUCAGCGAUGACCAGGGCCAGGACGCCGGGGCCAGCUGA